GGAGCAACAUGAGCUGUGGGAGAAGGAGAAAGGGCCAAGGGUCUGUUUGUGCUCCACACAUGGGAACAGGGCUUCGGCAGGGUUAAUUACAGACAUUGAGACCUUCUGCGGCGUCUACUAAAGAUGCUGCUCGAGUGGCGGCAGCUGCCGGCAUUUCCGCGGGAGAGGCGCUCAGCAGCAUCACUAAUGCGUUCGGCUGGGGAGGCGCAGCAUGCGGAGGGCGAGCGCUGGCUGCAGCCUGCAGCACCAGGGUGAAGCAACUCAUCUGCCCUUGCUUGUCAGAGGAUGUUUAACUGACAGCGAAUAGAGCACACCAUGGAGAAGGCAGAUGCAAACGACCAGCCACCCAAACCCGACGGGGAGAGGGACCAGCCCCGCAGCCUCCCCUACUCAGUGGAGACACCGUACGGCUUCCACUUGGACCUGGACUUCCUGAAGUACGUGGACGACAUCGAGAAAGGGAACACCAUCAGGAGGAUCCACAUCCACCGGAAAGCCAAGCAGCCCAAAUUCAGCACCCUGCCCCGAAACUUCAGCCUGCCUGAGAAUGGCUCUCGUGGAUGCACAUCUGCUCCCAGCAAAAGCUGGACCUCGACCUGUUCCUUCCCCCAGAGAAAGGCAUCCCUGGGGGCAGACGAAACGCCCCAGUCCCUCUUGCCCAACGAGCUGACCCUUCCACUGCACGAUGAGCUGAGUUACCGGAGAAAAGCCCUUUUGGCGGAGACGCAGCGGCAGGCAGAGCUGGGGGAUGAGCUCCGGGGGCGGCCGCAGCUCCUGCGAGCCUCCAGCCUGCCGGCUGCCCUGCCACCCCCGCCAGGGGACCCACCCGUCCCCUCACCCCUCCGGCCACCUCCCCAGCGCUGCCACGAGCAGAGCGGCUCCAAAAGCACAUUUCACCCCACGCCACAUUCGCCCAGCUCCAACGGCAUUGUGUUGAACCUCCCGCGGGAGGCAAGCAUGGAGGAAGGUGCCUCCUCGGGGCAGAAGGAGCAUCGGGGUGGGGGCAGCCCAGGCCUGGGGCAGAUGCAGCCCCUGUGGCAGAGCCAGCAUCCUGCAGCGCUGCAGGUGGUGAUAGAGAGUGGAGGUGAGGAGGGCGAUGCCACCGAUGCUGGUGGUCGCUCCGCCUUGACUGGGGAUGAACCAACCUCACCAGCUGCCUUCCAGCUCACAGAGGAGAACACAAACUCUGGGGAAAGGGAGUUAAGUGUAAAUGAAAUUGCUCCAAAUGUGCUGAAGAAUGCAGAGGAAGGGAGUGUCCAGGCUGGGGAGAACGAGGAGAGCUGUGGUCCUCAGCCUAGCAAUGCAGGAGAGCCCGGCAGGGUUGCGGUGCUGAAGCAGCAGGUUGCUGCUCUGGAGGACCAGCUGAGCAAGAAGAAGGAAGAGCUUGAGCAGAUCAGGGCAGUGCUGGAGCAGCAGGAUCGGGAGAUUAAGGAAAAGGAGAAAAGCAUUAAGCUCCUGGCCAGCUCUAAAGCUCAGCUGGAAGAGAAGCUGUGCCGGAAAAACACGAAAGAGGCCAAGCCACCGUCCAGACAGAGCAGCAGGGCUUUGCAGUGCCACGAUGCUGCGGUCAACACUGACCUCUCACAGGUCACUGGGGCCAAGCAAGCCCAUGAUAAAGGCAUCAACGUCAAUAUCCCACUCUCCACCAAAUCCAUAGGAUGCAGCGUCCGCAGAGCAGACAACGUGAACACGCAGGCGAUGGAGGUGGGUGCUCGGAGAGAUCAGGGACCGGCAGACGUUUGUUCUGGUGUCACCGGAGAGGGACACAGACAUUUUGGUGAAGCUGACAUUGAGGCUGGCCUUCCUGCACCGUGCUUCACCCAGCUGAAGAUCGAUAAGCACCUCAGUGAUGACAAUCAAAAUCACAGGAAUAACUGCAAUACCCAGAGUCUCACUGCUCACGUGGUGACUGCAGAAAGCUGUCAGGGAACAAGAGCGGGCUCAAACAUGGGAGAAAACAAGGCAGGCUUUGGUGAAGAUAAACCUCGAGAUGGGCUGGAAGAGGAAGGUCCCCAUGACCAUGAAGAUGUCCCUGCUGUUGACCCCAUCAGCCAAUAUGUAAAAAAAAUCCAGGAGCUUUUGCAGGAGCAGUGGCUGUGUUUGGAGCACGGCUACCCCGAGCUGGCCAGCGCAAUCAAACAGCCGGCCUCCAAGCUCAGCUCCAUUCAGAACCAAUUAGUUAAUUCCUUAAACUCGUUGCUGUCUGCCUACUCUACGCAAGGGCCCGCGGAUAAGGAGAAUUCGAACGCACACUAUCAACAGUUGGAAAUCUCUCCAACCACAAGUCUUAAAUCUAUCAUGAAAAAGAAAAGUUAUGGUUUCCAUGCAGGAGGCAAUGGGACCAAAAAGAAUCUUCAAUUUGUUGGGGUAAAUGGUGGCUACGAAACUACUUCAAGCGAAGACACAAGUUGUGAAGACAGCCCAUCGGACGCGGAGAGUGAGACGGAGAGAAGAGACGAUGGUUUGGAGCCCACGCAGAUGAAAGCUGGAGGUCAGAGUGAGGGGACUUCAUCCGGGACCUCCUUGCCGGAGAGAUGUGAAGAUGCCGGCCCGCAGGAGCCAUCGGCAGAAGCAGCACCUUGUGCUGAGCACGAGGGUGACAGAUGCCAACCCUCUGAAGAUUUCCUUGCUGACUGCCAGCUACUCAGCGAGCACCUCUCAGAAAUCAGGACCACAAGCGACAAACAUCUGCGGCAUGUCCUGAGCACCGUCUGCCAGGAGUGGUUCCAGGUGUCCAGCCGCAAGACUUCCAGCCCGGAGGUGGUGGCAGCAUAUCUGAAGGCACUGGGGACCAUCCAGCCCCAGCUCCUGGCAAUGGUGGUGAACCUGGCUGACAGGAACGGCAACACGGCUCUUCACUACAGCGUCUCCCACUCCAACUUCCAGAUUGCAAAGCUCCUGCUAGACACUGGUGUCUGCAGCCUGGACCUGCAGAACCGCGCCGGCUACACUGCGGUGAUGCUCACCCCGCUGGCGGUUGCCGAGACGGCUGAGGACAUGGAGGUGGUGAUGAAGCUGCUGAAGGAGGGGGAUGUCAACCUGCGAGCUGCCCAGGGGGGCCAGACUGCCCUGAUGCUGGGGGUCAGCCACGAGCGGGACGACAUGGUGCGAGCCCUCCUCUCCUGCCAGGCUGAUGUCAACCUGCAGGACGAGGAGGGGACGACGGCCCUGAUGGUGGCUUGUCGACAGGGCAACGCCGACAUCGUCCGGCUCCUCUUGGCCCAGCCUGGAUGCCAGGUUGCGCUGACAGACAAGGAGGGUAACUCGGCCCUGUCGCUGGCCCAGCGCGGGGCCCACGGGGACAUCGCAGUGCUCCUGCGGGCCCACACUGAGCAGAGCCCAUCCCUCUCAGUGUGACCGGGCCAGGAGAAAACAUCGGGAUGGUGAAUGGGGAACAAACAGCUCCUGCUUGUAAACAGCGCUGCUCCCAGGGCCAGCAUUGUGGGUUUCCUUAUGUACAGGGUGAUGAACCCUGUCAGUUAUCUGCAUACAUUUCCCAUGUCUAAUUCUCCUCGUUAAGCCUGCUUAACCCCCCCUAAUCUGUGCACAUUGCCACAGGUGACACCAAGCUCUCCUAUACACUCCUGCCGUAUAGAUUUGGCAGGUGAGCAACCAAAACAAAGCAGAAAAGCACAUUAGCAGAACAAUACUUAAUCUUUUGUAACCUUAGAUUAUGGUUGUCCUUUUAAUCAACUACUUAACUGUAUCUCAUUUAACUUGUAAGUUUGUGUCCUAAUAUUUAUUAUUAGCUCUCCUGUAUGUAGUGGCAGGCAGUGAUUAUUCAGUAUAUGUAACAACAAACACAAGCUGGAUGGAUUAUGUAAAGUAUAAAAUCCUAUUUAUGUUUGCUUAUGUGGGUUUGGUGCAAGAAUUAAGAAUUAAUGCUCUAGGAAAAUGAGUAUACCAGACCCAAACACACAGACAUUGUUUUGCCUCUAUUCAGAAUUACCAUAUGGCUCCUAUUUUCCCUAAUUAAGUUAGAACUAGCGAGGAAGUGCAGCCCGUUGACAAGCACCGUGCAUCUGCACACGUGGUGCUCGGGCACAGCGGGUCAGGUUAUCUGAGCACGGCACGAAGGGAUCACAACAGCUUCCCAUCCCUGGGUGUGUUAGCGUUAUCCCAGGGUUUCAGGAGUGAAUCUGCUGGCAGACGCCUGUUGUGCAAACCGCUGCUCUGCGUUUUUCCCUCAUGCUCAACUUUCAGAUGCCCAAAAUACCCCCGUGUAAAUCCAGAUUCAGUUGCUGGAGUUGGCCAGUGCCAGGGCCACCCCUGCCACACGGCACCCAUAGGGUCUGUCCAGCAUCACCUCAAAUCAUGCAUAGCGCAGUUUUUUUUUCUUAAAACCACUGGUAAAGAGGGAGGGAGGGCUCAAGCCUUACUUUUCCAAAUGUUUUUACGCUGUUAUUACGUCACUUUGUAUUGGGAAAUGCCAUUUCAUAAGGUUGUGCUGCAUCAGGACCCAGUGGAUGCUCUCCACAGGCUUUGGUGGACCUGGAUGCUGUCAGCAGUUGAGCUGGUGCCAUAAAAACAGUUCUACUUCCCAUCACUAAAAGCGAAUCUCCCUAGUUAGCUAACUACUUUCUGUGUUAGUAAGCAGAAGGUAAUCCUGGACUACAUGUGUUGCUUCUAAGUCAAUUCACAUGGUGAUGAAGUCACUCCUGACCUGCCUCCUCGGCUUCCCUUGUGUUUGCAGUAUGUGGCAAAGCCAUUGCCGAGUCCCUGUCCUCACGCUGGUGACGCUUACUGCCUUGCAGGAGGGAAGGACACCCCUGCCCUCUGUUUUCCACCAAAAUCUGCUGUCUGAUCCCUUUUCUUUGUUUUCCUUAUGUUUUUAUUUGGAAGAACUCAUCAUCUCGCAUGUCUCGCUGCCUUUUUUUUAACUCUGUCCCAAAGUACAGUUACCUACUUUAUGUAUAAAUAAACACGAGUUAAACCUUUA